GGCCCCGGAAUCAUCACCAAAAUCCUCGAUUAAGAUUCGCUUGAGGAGAUCCAUGUGGUCGGAACAGGGGAGGUUGGAGAGAGGUAGCCAUGUCGACUCUCAGCGAAGACGACGAAACCGAAAUCCUCCUGCGGCUUCCCGUGAAAUCUCUGCUCAGGUUCAAGUGCGUGUGCAAGCGAUGGAACUCACUGAUCUCCUCUCCCCAAUUCGCCAAGACCCAUCUUCAGAUUUCCGCUUCUUCCCCAAGAAUCCUCCUCGCCACCAACCCUCCUCUGUCCGUGAGCUGCGAAUCACUCCAUGAUGAUGAUCGUGCUGGUCAUGAAGGUAUGCCUCUAACCCAGCUUCGGCCUCCGGUGGAAGCUCCCGACGGAGGUCGCCCCCGCAUCGUCGGAUACUGCAACGGUUUGGUCUGCUUAGAGUACGACGAUCAUCGGAUCGUUGUCUUGUGGAACCCGGCAACAGGGGAGUCCAGAAACAUCCCAAACGCUGGUUGCAUGACCAUUUGCGGACUUGGCUAUGAUCCCUCAACUGAUGAUUACAAAAUAUUGCGGCAUAGUCGCCUUAGGGAUGCAUAUGGGUUUCCGGUGGUAUAUAACGUGUUCGAUGUUUUCGCGCUAAAGACUGGUUCGUGGAGGAGAGUCCAUGACAAGCAUGAUGACCUUAAGUAUUCCCGGACGUCGGGACCUAUGCAGAUGGUUUUCUUCAUUGGCUAGUUGGGGGAAGAGAUACUUGGGAACACAAGAAGAUUGUUUCGUUCAGCAUGAACACAGAGAUGUUUGAGGAUGCGUUGCUGCCUCUUCCAGAGGCCGAUGAAGGCACUGAAUUCAGGGUACUAGGAGUUAUCGGUGAAUGCCUUCUCUUAUUUGAAAGCAUGGCGAAGGUGGACAUGAUGGCAUGGAUAAUGAGACACUAUGAUGGAAGAUCGUCUUGGACAAAGUUGUGUAGUGUUGAUCUCCCAAAUCAGACAUUAAUCACUUAUUGCUACAUGAAGCCAUUGUGCUCUACCAGAGCAGGGAAGGUAGCAUUCAGUUUGAUUGGUGGGACAUGCUUAUCUAUGAUCCUGAGAAAUGUCAUGACAAAGAGGUUCGUGGAGGAGGACAUAAUAGCCUUCACAGUGUACGUUGAGAGUUUAGUUUCACCUAAUGGAGCAAAGCUGCAAUCAAUAUAGGUCUGUGUUAGGGAGCCUAUGGGGAAAAGUGACCUCACCGGCAAUCAUUCAGCAUGUAAAGAAGGGAAACUUCAUAUAAGAAAGCCAAUAGCCGUCUUAUCAGGAAAAGGUACUGUCUAUCUGUUUUAGUGUUUGUUUUAGAUGGAUAAUAAAGCAUGCCUUUGAAAGUUGGUUUAUUCUUCUGGGCUAAUUAUAGUGAGUUUAAGUUUGGAUCUUGUCCUGCGGAAGAAAAGCUUCCUAGAGGGCUAGUCAUGAGUUGGAUGCCGAGUUUGAUGUAUUGCGAAGUUAAGGGUGCCUGAAUAACUACUUGUGGCACCUUGUUCUCUUCUUUGUGGGUUCUUUUCGGAUUAGUACGUGUGUCUGUCUUUGGUUGGGAUGA